AUGUCCGCUGCCGACCACGCUGAUGAUCUCAUUGACUACGAAGAAGAAGAUGAACAAACUCUUCAACAAGAAACUACUGUACAACAAACAGCUAAUGUAGAUGAAGAAGAAGAGAAGAAAGACAAAAAGGGUUCAUACGUCGGUAUCCACUCUACUGGUUUCCGUGACUUCUUGUUAAAACCUGAACUUUUAAGAAGUAUUGUCGACUGUGGUUUUGAACACCCUUCAGAAGUCCAACAAGAAUGUAUCCCUCAAUCCAUUUUGGGUAUGGACGUUCUUUGCCAAGCUAAAUCUGGUAUGGGUAAAACUGCUGUUUUUGUUCUGGCUACACUUCAACAACUUGAGCCUGUGAAUGGCGAAGUAUCUGUCAUUGUUCUUUGCCAUACUCGUGAAUUGGCUUUCCAAAUCAAGAAUGAAUAUAGUCGUUUCUCCAAAUACCUUCCAGACAUCCGCACUGAAGUAUUCUAUGGUGGUGUGCCUAUGACCAAAGAUGUUGAAACCUUAAAGGACAAAAAUAAGUGUCCUCAUAUCCUUGUGGGUACUCCUGGUCGUGUUUUGGCUUUAGUACGUGAUAAGCAUCUCAAGCUUAACAAUGUCAAGCACUUUGUUUUGGAUGAAUGUGACAAAAUGCUGGAGCAGUUAGAUAUGCGUCGAGAUGUUCAAGAUAUCUUCCGUGCAACACCUCAUCACAAGCAAGUCAUGAUGUUUACUGCUACAUUAGCAAAGGAUAUGAGACCUGUGUGUAAAAAGUUUAUGCAAAACCCUCUUGAAAUCUAUGUUGAUGAUGAAGCCAAGUUGACUCUCCAUGGUCUUCAACAAUUCUAUAUCAAAUUAGAGGAAAGAGAAAAGAACCGUAAAUUGAAUGAUUUACUAGAUUCACUUGAAUUCAACCAAGUCUGUAUUUUUGUUCGUUCUGUUGCUCGUGCAAAUGAAUUGAAUAGAAUCUUAACAGACUGUAACUUCCCAAGUAUCUGUAUCCAUUCACACAUGACUCAAGAAGAACGUAUCAAGAGAUAUAGAUCAUUCAAGGAAUUCGAAAAGCGUAUUAUGGUUGCCACUGAUAUAUUUGGCCGUGGUAUUGAUAUUGAACGUGUCAACAUCGUUAUCAACUAUGAUAUGCCCGAUGGCGCAGACUCUUACUUACACAGAGUGGGUCGUGCUGGUCGUUUUGGUACCAAGGGUCUCGGUAUCACUUUUGUUUCUGAUGAAAACGAUACAAAGGUCUUGAACGAUGUCCAAAGUAGAUUUGAAGUUAAUAUUGCACCACUUCCUGAAGACGUUGACAUUAAUGCCUACAUGACUUCUUAA